CAUACGCAUACAUGUAUGUGCAAGUAUUACAUGUCCUUGAAAGUAUCAUCUAAAAUUUUAUGGCUCUGAUUCUCUUUCUAGUUCUUAGCUUGUGUAUAACAUGUUGCAGAGUUGAUGCAAGAAGCAAAACUUUAAUAGAUGAGCAAAAUCAGUUUACACUAUCAAAGAGUAUCAUGCAUUCGAUGGACAAUAAUUUUGAUUGUGUUGAUAUCUACAAGCAACCUGCUCUACAACAUCCCUUAUUAAAAAAUCACAAAAUUCAGCUUUUCCCAACUUUCGCAAAGAACGUCGUGCGAAGUAGAUCAUCUUAUGGUAAAACAACGGAUGAUUGUCCAUUGGGAAAAGUGCCUAUCUACAACAGGACAAGAAGUCAUCAAACUAUUACUAAUUCGUCUUCAAAAUUACACAUUGAUGAUUUUCGGCGGUAUUCCCAAAGUUCCCAAAGAUAUCAUACUGUUACCCUUGAUACAACUCAAAACAUGAAAAUUUAUGGAGCGUACACAGGCAUAGUUGGGUAUGAACUAUCAGUUCAAGCACAACAAUACAGCUUAUCAGCAAUUUGGGUUGAAAGUGGAUCAUCAUCAGAACUUAAUAGCAUAAAAGUCGGAGCCGGGGUUUUUCCAACCUUAUAUGGAGACAACCAACUACGAAUAACUGGUCAAUGGACGGCAGAUGGCUACAAUCAAACUGGAUGUUUUAAUAGUAAUUGUCCAGGUUUUGUGCAAGUCAAUCGUGACAAAGAGUAUGCUCUUGGAUCUGUCAUAUCACCACCUAAUUCCAUUGGAGCAACACAAAAAUUAUUUGCAAUUUUCUUAAUCAUACAGGAUCGACAUUCAGGUCAUUGGUGGUUAUACGUUGAAAAUGAAUCAAAAUUUGUUGGAUAUUGGCCUAAAGAUUUAUUCACUCACUUAAAAGAAGGAGCAUCUUUAAUCAGAUUUGGAGGUCAAACUUAUUCACCACCCAAUAAGAAUAUUCCCCCAAUGGGCAGUGGGAGAUUUCCUAAAGAAAAGUUUACAAACUCGAGUUUCAUGGCAAGACUAAAGAUUAUUGAUUCACAACGUAAUGAAAUUGAUGUAAAACCUGAAGAUAUGAAGCCAUAUAGAGAUACUAGUACAAAUUGUUAUGACUUGGAGUAUCAUGGUUAUGAAGGACCUUUGUAUAGACAAGCUUUUCUUUAUGGUGGACCAGGCGGUCCAAAUUGUAGUAAAUGAUUUGUACUGAAAACUCUUAUUCAAUAAAAUUUGUGGAAAGAUUAAUCUUUAGAA